ACAGGGACAGGCGAAGGUGAUGUUGAUGAUGCAGAGCGGCUACUACUACCCUUUCUUGAACGGUAUCCAAAGGGUGCCAUCUUCUUGUUUUUUGCAGGAAGAAUUGAAGAAAUCAGAGGAAACAUAGAUGCAGCUAUUUUACGCUUUGAGGAGUGCUGUGAGGCUCAGCAACACUGGAAGCAGUUUCAUCACAUGUGCUACUGGGAGCUAAUGUGGUGUUUUACUUUCAAACGUCAGUGGAAAAUGGCAUAUUUCUAUGCGGACCUAUUGUGUAAAGAGAACUCAUGGUCCAAGUCAACAUAUACGUACAUGAAAGCAGCCUACCUCAACAUGUUUGGGGAUGAGGACUUCAAACCUUUUGGGGAUGAUGAAAUUGAACUAUUCAGAAAAGUGCCAAGUAUGAAACAGAAAAUCGCUGGGAAGUCUCUGCCAACAGAGAAGUUUGCAAUCAGGAAGGCUCGACGGUACCUUUCACAAAAUCCGGUAAAACUCCCAGUACCUGCUCUGGAAAUGAUGUAUAUUUGGAAUGGCUAUACAGUAAUUGGGAAACAUCAAGAUAUGACUGAAGGUAUGCUUGAGACACUUAAUGAAGCAGAGAGAACACUUGAAAAUGGCCCAGUAACAGAGUUUCUGGUUGAUGACCAGUGUUUGGUGAAACUGCUCAAAGGCCUUUGUCUGAAGCACUUGGAUAAAUUUUCAGAAGCAGAGCAGUACUUCCAUUGGAUUCAUACAAAAGAGCAGAAGAUCAAAUACGACCAUUACUUAAUUCCAAAUGCCUUACUUGAACGUGGUCUCCUUUGCAUGCAAACAGGAAGAAAUGAUAAGGCAAUAAAAAUUCUGGAAAGUGCAAAUUUUAGGUACAAGUUACCUGAGAACAUUGAUUAUAUUGAAGCCCAAAUGAAUUUACGUUGUUAAGUGGGAAUGUCACCCAAAGUAUCUGCCAAAUUACAAACUCCACACUGAAUUGUGAACUUGGCUCUGGCUUUCACACCUGGAAUUUGUGUUAUUCCUAUCUACAGACCACAGUCUUGAAGGUAACCAAUUUUUAACUUGAUAAACAGUCAGUCAGUCAAUAAUGUGGAACUCUUGAAAAUAACAAUCACAGACCAUACAAUCAUAUGAAGGCUUAAGGCAAAAAUCUAACUAUUUGAAAUGGGUAAGAAUGAGUAAUUAACUCAGUAACAAUCACUUGCCGUCCUUAAUAUGGGUUACUAUUUAAGCACCAUAAAGUGAAGUAGUUUCUAUUUUCAUUGACUUCCCUUGUAAGUCAUGACAAACAUAUCAAGGUGAGGGAAAAUAGAGCAAGACCUUUGGACCACAUGUGCAAUUUACAAAUUGCAAAAUGGAG